AUGUUAACCACAAUCCUCGAGGAUAUCCACAUUCAUGGAACAGCUUUCAUCAUUUUAGCACUUACCACGUUAUUGGCAAUAGUAGCUUUCAAACUGAGAGGGGAUGAAAUCGUCGAAUUUUCAGUACCGGUGCCUUCUGAAGCCAAACCGGGGUGGCGUGAUGGUAAAACUUUGGAUAAACCUAGUUUGAAAGUAAAAUUCGGUUUCACCUUUUUCGUUGACACCUUCCAGGAAAAUCCUGGAUACAUACAAUCCUAUGAUCCGGCGACAGGAAAACUUCUGGAUAUUAUAAAAGCGCACACGGAAACUGAUGUUUCCGAGGCUCUAAGUAAAGCUCGUCACGCGCAAAAAAUGUGGGCACGAACGACAUUCUCUGAAAGAAGAAGAGUGCUAAAAAGUCUAUUGAACUUCAUUGUGAAGAAUCAGGAGGAAAUUUGUUGGGUUUCAUGCAGGGAUACGGGAAAAACUUUUGUCGAUGCAAAGUUUGGAGAAAUUAUGGUGACGUGCGAGAAAAUUCGAUGGACAAUUAAGAAUGGCGAGAAGGCGAUCUCGACGCAAUACCAGGAAUCACCUAUCAUUAUGCCCUACAAGAUACCGAAAAUUGAAUUCGAACCACUGGGUGUUGUUGCAGCCUUGAUCUCCUGGAACUACCCGUAG